AAGCAGCGCGGUAGGGUGUGCUGUGUUUCCACGUCAGUGAGAGGAAGGGAGCCGGUUCCUGGCCUCGCUGAGAGAGAAAGAGAGACCCUUCCUCGGCGCAGGGGGGCUUCGCAGGGGGUCCCGAGUCCAGGCAUGCGCAGAAGGACCUCCUCGCCACAGCCGCCGCCGCCGCCCGGGAGCGCCGCCAUUUUGGAUGCUGGGUGGAUGGAGGGGUCUGUCAGGAUUGUGGAUAAGAACAUUUACAUUGUACAAGGUGAAAUCAAUACAGUAGUGGGAGCCAUAAAGCGCAGUGCAAGAUGGAGUACACAUACACACUUGGAUGAAGAACGAGAUCCUCUGCUGCACAGCUUCAGUGUCUUGAAAGAAGUGUUGAACAACAUAACUGAGCUUUCAGCUGUUGAGCCUAUUGUCUUCCUUCGACCUUUUCUGGAAGUUAUCCGUUCAGAAGAUACUACAGGUCCCAUCACUGGAUUGGCUCUAACAUCAGUAAAUAAAUUCCUUUCAUAUGCACUAAUAGAUUCUAAUCAUGAGGGCACAGCUGAGGGAAUGGAGAACAUGGCAGAUGCUGUCACACAUGCCCGAUUUGUUGGCACAGACCCUGCAAGUGAUGAAGUUGUCCUGAUGAAGAUCUUACAGGUCCUAAGGACUCUCCUUCUGACUCCAGUUGGAGCUCAUCUCACCAAUGAAUCAGUGUGUGAAAUCAUGCAGUCUUGCUUUCGUAUAUGUUUUGAGAUGAGACUUAGUGAGUUAUUGAGAAAAUCUGCAGAGCACACUCUGGUCGACAUGGUACAGCUGCUCUUCACAAGAUUACCUCAAUUUAAAGAGGAACCUAAAAGCUAUGUGGGGACUAACAUAAAAAAGAUGUCUCCAUAUCUCAACAGCCUGGAUCUGUGUAGUGGGGAACAGUCCAAAGCCCUGAACCAGUUAGAGAGAGUACUGCUCUUUAAGAAAUUGAAGCUGAAAAUGAGAGCAGGCGGAAUGAGUGACUCAUCAAAAUGGAAAAAGCAGAAGAAAUCACCAAGGAAUUCUUGCCAUGUAACCAAAGCAUCUCAAGGAACAGAACCACCUGCUGCCAAUGGUACAGGUGGAGUUAAUUUCAUUGAUGCACCUUCCCCCAUCUCAUCUGGAAAUUCAGAAAAUGCCUCUUCUACAGUCAGUCCUUCUACUGAUAGUGGUGUAGAUAUUUCUUCCCGGAUCAGCUCAAAGGAAGAUCUUACUGACUUGCAAAUGGCCAGUCCUUUGGAAAUCAAUACAGCAAUGCCUUUAACAGAACCUGGAGGCAGAGAGCUGCUGGAACAUCAGAGUGAAUGCCCUCGAGAGGAAAAGACUCCAUGCACCUCAGUGGAGUCAAUUCCAGAGGUUCUUGAGGAAUGCACAUCUGUGGCUGAACAUUCAGACUCUGCUUCAGUUCAUGACAUGGACUAUGUCAAUCCUCGGGGAGUGCGGUUUACUCAGUGUUCUCAGAAAGAAGGAACAGCAUUAGUCCCAUAUGGCUUGCCCUGCAUUCGAGAAUUACUUCGCUUCCUCAUUUCCCUCACAAACCCACUUGACCGACACAACUCUGAGGUGAUGAUCCACAUGGGACUACAACUGCUCACUGUUGCUCUGGAGUUGGCUUCUGUCGCAAACUUCCCAUCUCUCUUAGGACUUGUGAAAGAAGAAUUAUGUCGAUACCUUUUUCAAUUACUGAGCGUGGAGCGGCUUAAUUUGUAUUCAGCUUCGCUUAGGGUUUGUUUCCUCCUUUUUGAGAAUAUGAGAGAGCACCUGAAAUUCCAACUGGAGAUGUACAUAAAGAAGUUGAUGGAGAUCAUCACUGUGGAGAAUCCUAAGAUGCCCUAUGAGAUGAAGGAGAUGGCACUAGAGGCCAUAGUUCAGCUCUGGAGGAUACCUAGUUUUGUCACUGAGCUCUACAUCAACUACGACUGUGAUUAUUACUGUGCUAAUCUAUUUGAAGAUCUCACCAAGCUGCUGUCCAAGAAUGCAUUUCCUGUUUCUGGACAAUUGUACACUACUCACCUGCUAUCCCUUGAAGCAUUGCUGACAGUGAUAGAUAGAACUGAAGCACAGUGCCAAGCCAAAGUACUCAGCAACAUAUACCAGCAAGAGAAAGCCACACUAAGGCCAAACACAGAAACUACUGGUACUGUCAGAGAAACAAGCUCUAUUGUUGAGGGGAUAAUAGUAGAAGGCAAGUCAGCCACUACAGAAUUACCAGACACAUGUCAACCCACUAAUGGUUGCUUGAUGACAAACCACAUGAAUUUGGAAGUGGGAAGUGAUGCAGCAGGAAAAAACAUUCCGAGGAAGCCUACUCGCUUUUCCUGCUUACUGCCUACAACGCAUGAAUUGAUAAUGAUCAAGAGUAAAAAAAAGCUCCUAAUAAGUGGUUCAGAACAGUUCAAUCAAAAGCCAAAGAAAGGGAUACAGUUUCUGCAGGAGAAAAGCCUCUUGACAACCCCCAUGGAUAACAAUGAAGUGGCGAAGUGGCUACGGGAAAAUCCUAGACUUGACAAGAAAAUGAUUGGGGAAUUCAUAAGUGACCGGAAGAAUGUAGAUUUAUUGGACAGCUUUGUGAAAACUUUCAGUUUCCAAGGUUUGCGAUUAGAUGAAGCCCUGCGACUCUAUCUAGAAGCCUUCCGGCUGCCAGGAGAAGCUCCUGUAAUCCAUAGGCUGUUAGAAGUUUUCACAGAACAUUGGCGUAAAUCAAAUGGGUCUCCAUUUGCUAACAGCGAUGCAUGUUUUGCCCUGGCCUAUGCAGUUAUCAUGCUGAAUACUGACCAACACAACCAUAAUGUUCGCAAGCAAAACGUACCAAUGACGCUAGAGGAAUUCCGAAAAAACCUGAAAGGAGUAAAUGGAGGCAAGGAUUUUGAACAGGACAUGCUGGAAGACAUGUAUCAUGCUGUCAAAAAUGAAGAGAUUGUGAUGCCAGAGGAGCAGACAGGCCUAGUAAAGGAAAACUAUUUAUGGAGUGUGCUGCUGCACCGUGGAGCCACUGAUGAAGGAAUUUUUCUGCAUGUCCCACCUGGAAGCUAUGACCACGACCUGUUUGCCAUGAUCUGGGGCCCCACUGUUGCAGCUCUGUCCUAUGUUUUUGACAAGAGCCUAGAUGAAACAAUAAUCCAGAAAGCCAUAUCUGGUUUCAGAAAAUGUGCCAUGAUUUCUGCCCAUUAUGGCCUCAGUGAUGUUUUUGACAACCUCAUAAUUUCUCUCUGCAAAUUUACGGCUCUUAGCAGUGAGUCCAUUGAGAACCUGCCUACAGUUUUUGGAAGCAAUCCUAAAGCCCACAUUGCAGCGAAGACUGUAUUCCAUUUGGCUCAUCGCCAUGGUGAUAUUUUGCGGGAGGGCUGGAAAAAUAUCAUGGAAGCUAUGCUACAGCUUUUCAGAGCAGAACUGUUGCCAAAAACAAUGGUGGAGGUUGAAGAUUUUGUAGAUCCCAAUGGCAAGAUCUCUCUCCAGCGUGAGGAGACACCUUCCAACCGUGGUGAGUCUACAGUACUAAGUUUUGUUAGCUGGCUGACACUCAGUGGCACAGAACAAUCUGGUAUGAGAGGGCCAUCUACAGAGAGCCAAGAGGCAAAAAGAAUGGCACUGGAAUGCAUAAAGCAAUGUGAUCCAGAGAAGUUAAUCACUGAAAGCAAGUUUUUACAGCUAGAAUCCUUGCAGGAACUGAUGAAGGCUCUCAUCUCUGUGACACCUGAUGAGGAAACUUAUGAUGAGGAAGACUGUGCCUUUUGCUUAGAGAUGCUUCUAAGGAUUGUCCUGGAAAAUAGGGAUCGAGUAGCCUUUGUGUGGCAGGCAGUUCGAGACCAUUUUUACCACUUGUGUGUUAAUGCUAUGGAGUAUUGCUUCCUUGUGGAGAGGGCAGUAGUAGGACUGUUGCGGCUGGCAAUCCGACUGUUGCGUAGGGAAGAGAUCAGUGCUCAGGUGCUGCUCUCUUUGCGCAUCCUGCUCAUGAUGAAACCCAGCAUGCUAAAUAAGGCCAGUCACCAGAUUGCAUAUGGCUUACAUGAGCUUCUCAAAACCAAUGCUGCCAACAUCCACUCUGGAGAUGACUGGUACACCCUCUUUACCCUCUUGGAAUGCAUUGGUUCAGGGGUAAAACCACCCCCAGCGCUGCAAGCCACAGCAAGAGCAGAUAUUGAUACAGGGGCUCAGUCAGACAGUGAGAUCUCUUGUCACUCAAAUGAAGCCAGUCUGGAUCGUGGCUACACUUCUGAUUCAGAGGUGUAUGCAGAUCACAGCAAGCAAGUCAAAAUUCAUCGCUCUAUCACAGAUGUGGAUGUGGUGAAUAGUGGCUGGCUUGUGGUUGGAAAGGAUGACCUUGAUAACCCAAAAGUCUUAGCUGGACUCUCCAAACUUGGCAGCUCUCCUUUGGUGAAUCAGUACAGUCUGACUGUGGGGAUGGACCUUGGCCCACAUAAUACCAAGUCCCUCAUGAAGUGUGUGGAAUCCUUGUCUUUCAUCGUACGAGAUGCUGCCCAUGUCACACCUGAGAACUUUGAGCUCUGUGUCAAAACUAUCCGCAUCUUUGUGGAGGCUAGUCUAAAUGGAGGCUGCAAGUCCCAGGAGAAACGGGGGAAAAGCCAUCAAUAUGACUCGAAACCAACACGUUUUAAGAAGAAAUCCAAAGAGAGUUCUCUGCGGCACAUGAGGGCCUCCAGCCAGCAUCAGCACCGUUCCCCCAGUGAGGAUGAGGAUGAGGAUGAGAGUGUCCCUGCCAGUUACCACACUGUGUCUUUACAGGUUAGUCAGGACCUGCUAGACCUAAUGCAUACCCUCCACACCCGAGCUGCCAGCAUCUAUAACUCUUGGGCAGAAGAGCAGCACCAUCUUGAGACUGCAGGAAAGAAAAUUGAAGCAGACUCUCGGACAUUAUGGACUAAUUGCUGGUGCCCUUUGCUGCAAGGUAUUGCCUGCUUGUGUUGUGAUGCACGACGACAGGUGCGGAUGCAGGCUCUGACUUACCUUCAACGGGCUCUCCUUGUACAUGACCUGCAAGCGCUUGAUGCUUUGGAGUGGGAAUCCUGUUUCAACAAGGUGCUAUUUCCCUUGCUGACCAAACUCCUGGAAAACAUCAGCCCAGCAGACAUUGGCGGGAUGGAGGAGACCAGAAUGAGAGCUUCAACUCUACUUUCCAAGGUCUUCUUGCAGCACUUGUCUCCAUUACUUUCACUCCCAACAUUCGCUGCUUUGUGGUUGACAAUUCUGGAUUUCAUGGACAAAUAUAUGCAUUCUGGAUCCAGUGAUUUGUUGCCAGAGGCCAUUCCUGAAUCACUGAAGAAUAUGCUGCUAGUAAUGGACACAGCAGGAAUAUUUCACAGCUCUGACUCACGGACAGGCUAUUCAGAUCUCUGGGAGAUCACUUGGGAGCGAAUAGAUUGCUUUUUGCCAAAACUGCGAGAUGAGCUUUUCAAACAGACAGUCAUCCAAGACCCAGUUUCUACUUUACCAGUAGAGAUGCAUCCUGCAAAACCAAUCAUAUCUGCUCUGCCACAUUCUUCUGGAGGUGAUGCAAGGUCUACCCCCCUCUCAGUACACUCUGAGAAGUCUCCUGAGCUGACAGUGACAGACUCAGAGAAUACCUUGGUGCCUGGUCCCAGCACAUCCAGUCUCCCUGGCCAACAGUUUGUCUCUCCAGCAGCAACUGUGAAAGUGAAUUCAGCAAAAGAUGCACCUCCAGGAAUGGCACAGCAGCCCCUUAUUCUUCAGCCACUGGCCUCCCCUUUACAGGUUGGAGUGCCACCAAUGACUCUGCCUAUUAUUCUGAACCCAGCCCUCAUAGAGGCCACCUCCCCUGUGCCUCUUCUAGCCUCCCAACGUCCGACUGACUCCAUGACAACUUCUGAAGUCAAUUGAGGAGAGGUAUAAAUGGGACACAUGGCUGCAGGAGAGAUUAUGAUAAUGGAUGCAGGCCUGCUGUGUCUGGUAGAAGCCAUGAUUGCUGUAGGGAAGGCCCUAGCAGCUCACUUUCCACUGUGGCCCUUCUUCCCAGUGGACAUAAAGCCAAAAUCACCAUCCCAGAACAUCUUUUCUAGAACCCCUGAUUCUCUCUGAAUGGAGGGAAUCUCUGCAUGGCCAAUUCCUCUUCUCUGUAGAGUUGAAGGACAGCAUCCAGUCUUUCAGUGCAGCCCUCCUGGUGUCUGUGAUCCAAACAAAGGUAUGAUCUUCCCUGCACUGGAGAGCAAAGGAGCCAGCUUCCUUACUUAACCAGGAGGAGAAGGUCGCAGUAUGCCUAUGCUUCUUUGCUCUGCUUGGCACUGGUUUUCCUCCAGUCACAUUUGGUUCUUGAUUAUUCAGCGUGUUAGGCUGAGUAGCUUUAUGUGUCAUGCUGGGCCUUCUGGGAGCAUCUGGAAAAUAUUGCUGCCCAAGACCAGAGGAUGGGAGAAAAAAUCCAUAGAAAGAAUACAUAGACUGGGGCAAAAACAUUUCUCUCUGAAAGUACUGAGUGAGCAGUUCUGUCUUGACCAAUUUCUCCACUAGAGGCUCUCCACCUUUCAUUUGACCCCUGCUGGAUAUCCUCCAGGCAUUCUGAAUUUGUGCUUGCUGUCUUCAAGUGAAACAGUGGGGCUGAGGUGAAUAUUGCCUACUGAGUGAAAGGCUUCUGGAAGCACACAGCCUUUACUAUACAUGUUGCAGCUCUGUUGAGUAAGGGCUGCCAAAUGUUCCUUUCAGUCCUCAAACAAUCUCUCACAUUAAGAUGAUGCCAUUGUCCUCCUGCACCACUGGGCUGUCAGCACAAAACCAGAAAGUAAAAUGUGACUCAUCUAGUGCUUCCUUUCUUUUAUGCAUUAGGCUAAAUUUUUCCACAUUUAUUGCAGAAUCCCAUUCGGAACUGAAGCCAGUGUCUACUAUGUGGAACAGCAAGUGACUGUGUGUAUAUAUAUAUAUUCUUAAGAAGUCAAUUGACUUUAUACAGUGGAAUAAAUAUGAUCUGUAAAUGAAA